AUGCCAUUGCUGAAAGGCAUAUUGCAUGGUCGCAAAAUCACCACUGACUCAGGUCAGCAGCAGGACGGUGGCGGCGGGGGUCUUCGCCGCUCCAACGCAGUCAAGCACCACGGCCAGCAGCAGCAACAGCAAGCGUCCGCGGGAGGCUUCGACUUUCCCAGGCGGGAAGCAGUCCGUACCAACACAUCUCCGGGCCCUGGGUCUGGCGGCCAGGCCCCGAUGGUGGCUCAUGCGCGGGCACGAGCAACUACCUCUGCGGCCGCGCAGUCAGGUUCCGAGUGGAGCUAUGUUCCGGCCAAUGUCCAGAUUCGACAGCACCACGGCCAUGGCCACAGCCCGGGGCAGCGAGAGCAGCUGGAGCGGCGACAAGAGCUAGAAGAUGUACAUUCCCAGCGGACGCAGCGGUGGGUGGCCGACCAGCAGAAGCGCAUGAUGCUGACGCCGCCGGUGACGCGAAAGCCACUGCCUCCUCAGCCACCGCAGUCUCAGUCUCUACCACGACCAGGAGGAAGACCACAAAUGCAGCAGAAGCCGCCGCAGCAACAGCCGCAGCCCACUAUUCCCAGCAGCGGAAGCCGACGACCGUUCUUCAAGAACGAUGCCGAGUUGGAUGACUGUGUGCGCAGCACCUCUCCUCCCUAUGAGGAUGGGAUCCUGAACCACGGGGACUGGAAAACCGGUAAGUCCGUCCAUACCGUGCAGGCCAGGCGGCCGGUCCACGUCGUCACCCCCAGCCUGUGCCCUGUCUCCCGAGUAGCGUCGCCGGUGGAUGAGAUCUCCGAUCAGAGAGAGGCGGCUCGUAGGGCUUUGCGGCGGAGGAACUUGCCUGGUAGGUGA